GAAGAACCCUCCCGGAAGCGCUCAGUUUGUGCCUCGUCUGCAGCUUGCUGGUUCCUCCAUAGAGAACUCGGAAGAUGGCGGCGCUUCGGGUCGUGGCGCUCUCCGGGACUGGGAGAGCUCUCCUCAUUACGGGGAAUCCUCUCAAGACUUCCAAGGCCAACAUGUCUUUCACCAGUCUGUUGGGUAAGAAGAAGGUUGCCUUGACAACGCUGGGCGUGGUUGCCAGCGGCGGCGCGGGGCUUGCUCUGAUGCUCCACCAAUCAGUGAAGGCGUCUGAGCUGGAGCUCCACCCCCCAUCGUACCCCUGGAGCCACUCGGGGCUGCUGUCCUCACUGGACCACGGCAGCAUUCGCCGUGGUUACCAGGUGUAUAAGCAGGUGUGCUCAGCCUGCCACAGCAUGGAGUACAUGGCCUUCAGGAACCUGGUGGGGGUGUCGCACACCGAGGACGAGGUCAAGGCCAUCGCCGAAGAGGUGGAGGUGGUGGACGGCCCUGAUGAGAGCGGUGAGAUGUUCACCAGGCCAGGAAAGCUUUCGGACUAUUUCCCCAAGCCGUACCCAAACCCCGAGGCCGCCCGGGCCGCCAACAACGGGGCGCUGCCCCCCGACCUCAGCUACAUCGUCAACGCCAGGCACGGCGGAGAGGACUACAUCUUCAGCCUGCUGACGGGUUACUGCGAGCCGCCUGCAGGCGUCUCGCUGAGAGAAGGACUCUACUACAACCCCUACUUCCCCGGCCAGGCCAUCGGCAUGGCGCCGCCCCUCUACAACGAGAUCCUGGAGUACGAGGACGGAACCCCGGCCACCAUGAGCCAGGUGGCCAAAGACGUUUGUACCUUCCUGAGGUGGGCGGCCGAGCCGGAGCACGACCAGCGCAAACGCAUGGGCCUGAAGCUGCUGAUGGGCUCUGCCAUCCUCAUCCCUCUGGUCUACUACUUGAAGCGACACCGAUGGAUGGUGCUGAAGAGCAGGAAAAUCGCCUACAGGCCUCCUAAGUAACGGAAAACAAGCGCACCCAGACCUGAACAAGAGAAGGGUGUGUUCAAAAGCCCUACAGAGCUUAUCACCCUAACUCUGCCCCUCAGGGGGCAACUGAUAAACACACGGCAUGUUUUCAGACAUAUAUACGAUGAUUUCAGUCAAAAAUGCCUUUUUUUCAACCAGUUGUCAAUGAAAACCUGUGAUAGUUGCUUUCUGAGUGUUCUUGAACGCACCCUGCUCAGAGUUUAUUGACUUCCACCGCCUCCAGCAGCAGCAGCGGCGGCUACAUGCUGUCUGAGUUGCAUUAUCUCUGUAAGAUACUCCAUGCUGACGCUCAUCUCUGGGUCGGCCUUAGGCUUCACAACGUUCUGUGUCUGUAAAUUCAUUGUUUGUCUUCAGAAAGUCUGACAUAAACUGUUUUACUGUACAAAAUAAAUUCUUCUAAAUGAA